AUGUCCGACACCCCGAGACUCAUCGACUCGUUCACAGCGCCGAAGGAGGUGCUCCAGGAAUUUGCCGAUCUCGCUGAGGAGGAGAACGUCGACCCCUUCGCCGAGACAGCCUCGAAGCGUCAGAUUGCUUCACGGCAGUCUGACUACCACGGCCGUCGCUUCAACCGCCAGGCGCACGAGAGCGAGGAUGCCUUCAAGGCUGCAGAAGAGGGUAAAGAUGUUGAAGGAGGUUACAAGGAUGCGAUGAGGGUUCAGCGGUUGGAAAGGGAGGAGGAGCGGGUACGGAGGGCGAUUGAGGAGAAAGAGAAGCAGGAUCGCGAAGAGGGUAAGAUGAAGAUGGACCUCGACAAGACGCCGCCCCGCGCAGAGAUACAGGAGGCUGUGAAAGAGCUCGCGGGGACGAAACGCAAGCGGCGCUGGGAUGUCGAGACGGAUGAGAAGGAGAACAAGACGGAGACCAAGGGUGGUGAGUGGUCCAAGGAAGCUCUUGAGGAGGCUGCGCCUAAGAAGCGGAGGUCUCGUUGGGACGCUACACCGGCGGACGUCAAUGCUGUGGGCGAGACACCGAAGAGGUCGCGCUGGGACCAAGCUCCCGCCGCUGCGCCGGACGUCCCGAUGACACCCAUCAUCAUGAACGCUCCCGGCUUCAUGCACGAGGACAAGCACAAUCGUUACCUGACCGACGAGGAGCUCGACGCCAUCCUUCCCGCGGCCGGCUACUCCACCGUCACCCCGCCGCCAGGCUACGCGCCUUUGGUCCGCCCGCCCAAGUUCGCCACUCCUGUCACAGAGGUCGGCGGCUUCCAGAUACAAGAGAGUUCCGACGCAGCGUCGGCGGCAGCAGCGGCAGGACUUGCACCCGAGCUGCCAACGGAGAUCCCUGGCGUGGGCAGUCUUGCGUUCUUCAAGGCGGAGGAUGCGCAGUACUUCGCCAAAAUCCUCAAAGAGGAGGACGAGACUGAGCUGACCGUUGACGAGAUGAAGGAGCGCAAGAUCAUGCGGCUCCUGCUCAAAAUCAAGAACGGUACGCCUCCCGUUCGUAAAACUGCCUUGCGACAGAUUACAGACAAGGCGCGCGAGUUCGGUGCCGGCCCACUUUUCGACAAGAUCUUGCCGUUGCUCAUGGAGCGUACUCUCGAGGAUCAGGAGCGCCAUCUCCUCGUAAAGGUCAUCGACAGAGUGUUGUACAAGCUCGAUGACCUCGUCCGGCCGUACGUGCACAAGAUUCUCGUUGUCAUCGAGCCCCUGCUCAUUGACGAAGACUACUACGCUCGUGUCGAAGGUCGUGAGAUCAUCUCCAACCUGUCGAAGGCUGCCGGUCUCGCCCACAUGAUCUCCACUAUGCGUCCGGAUAUCGACCACGCCGACGAGUACGUGCGUAACACCACCGCGCGUGCAUUCUCCGUUGUCGCCUCGGCUCUCGGUAUCCCCUCCCUCUUGCCCUUCCUAAAGGCUGUUUGCAGGAGUAAGAAGUCCUGGCAGGCACGUCACACCGGCAUCCGUAUCGUUCAGCAAAUCGCCAUCAUGAUGGGAUGUGCCGUCCUCCCUCAUCUGCGGAACCUCGUCGACUGCAUUGCACACGGUCUCCAGGACGAGCAGCAGAAGGUCCGCACGAUGACGGCGCUCGGCCUGGCGGCCCUCGCUGAGGCCUCGGCGCCGUAUGGUAUCGAGUCCUUCGAUAACGUCCUCAAGCCACUUUGGGUCGGCAUCCGUCUCCACCGUGGCAAGUCGCUCGCGGCAUUCUUGAAGGCCAUCGGUUUCAUCCUACCUCUGAUGGACCCCGAGUACGUGUCGUACUACAUUAAGGAAGUCACCAUCAUCCUCAUUCGCGAGUUCCAAACGUCGGACGAGGAGAUGAAGAAGAUUGUGCUCAAGGUCGUCCAGCAAUGCGCCGCGACUGAGGGUGUUACGGCGCAGUACAUCAAGCAGGACAUCUUGCCCGACUUCUUCAAGGCCUUCUGGGUGCGGCGGAUGGCGCUCGACAGGAGGAACUACCGGCAGGUCGUAGAGACGACCGUCGAAUUGGCGCAGAAGGCCGGUGUCGCGGAGAUCGUCGGGAGGAUCGUCAACGAGCUCAAGGACGAGGCGGAGCCGUACCGUAAGAUGGUCAUGGAGUCGAUCACGAAGGUUGUCGCCUCCCUCGGUGCAUCCGACAUCGACGAGCGUCUCGAGGUCCGCCUCGUCGACGGUAUCAUCUAUGCCUUCCAGGAGCAGACAACCGAAGACCAGGUCAUGCUCGACGGCUUUGGUACCGUUGUCAACGCCCUCGGUAUUCGCGUCAAGCCGUACCUCACGCAAAUCGUAUCUACCAUCCUCUGGCGUCUCAACAACAAGAGUGCCAAGGUCCGUCAGCAAGCUGCCGACCUCACGACGCGUCUCGCUAUCGUCAUCAAGCAGUGCGGCGAGGACCAGCUCCUCAGCAAGCUUGGUUUGGUGCUCUUCGAGCAGCUCGGUGAGGAGUACCCGGAUACACUGGGUAGUAUCAUCGCCGCAGAGGGCGCCAUCGCGAACGUGGUCGGUAUGACGCAGAUGAACCCGCCAGUCAAAGAUCUCCUCCCUCGUAUGACCCCUAUUCUUCGUAAUCGUCACGAGAAAGUACAAGAGGCAACAAUCAACUUGAUCGGUCGUAUCGCUGAUCGUGGCGCUGAGUUUGUACCAGCCCGUGAAUGGAUGCGAAUCUGUUUCGAGCUACUUGACCUCCUCAAGGCGCACAAGAAGGGCAUUCGCCGGGCGGCUGUCAAUUCCUUCGGUUACAUUGCGAAGAGUUUGGGUCCCCAAGACGUCUUGCAAGUUUUGCUCACGAACCUCCGUGUGCAGGAACGUCAGAGUCGUGUCUGCAGCACGGUCGCCAUCGCCAUCGUGGCCGAAACUUGCGGCCCCUUCACCUGUAUUCCUGCGAUCCUGAACGAGUACCGGACCGCAGAGCUGAACGUUCGAACCGGCUGUUUGAAGGCGCUGUCAUUCGUCUUCGAGUACGUCGGACCGCAAUCCGCGUACUAUGCCGACUCUGUGGUCACGAUGCUGGAGGAUGCCCUCACCGACCGUGACCUCGUCCAUCGGCAGACAGCAAGCACGAUCGUCAAGCACCUCGCCCUUGGCGUCGCUGGCCUUGGGUGCGAAGACUCCAUGCUGCAUCUGAUGAACCUCGUGUGGCCAAACUGCUUCGAGACGUCGCCUCACGUCAUCGGCGCAGUCAUGGAUGCUGUCGAGGCCAUGCGGGUGACGCUUGGCCCUGGCGUCCUGCUCAGCUACGUCUUGCAGGGGUUGUUCCACCCGGCGCGGAAGGUCCGCGAGGUGUAUUGGCGUGUAUAUAACUCACUUUAUCUUGGUGCUUCCGACGCAUUGGUGCCCGUCUAUCCUGACCUGGGGGAGCUCAGCGAGGGGCAAAACGUAUACGACCGUCACCCCUUGCAGAUGUUUAUCUAG